AAAUGGACCAUAUUCUCGAUAUUCUCAAUUUAAUAUUUACUGGUGUCUUUGCCUUCGAAGCUUUAUUCAAAAUUAUCGCUUUAAACCCAAAAAAUUAUUUUGGUGAUAGGUGGAAUUCUUUUGAUUUUGUUAUUGUCCUCGGCUCUUUUAUUGAUAUUAUUUAUGGAAAAAUUGGUGGAACGGGGACAAAUAUAAUUUCAAUUAAUUUUUUUCGUCUCUUUCGAGUAAUGAGGCUUGUUAAGUUGUUGAGUAGAGGAGAGGGGAUUAGAACGCUUUUGUGGACUUUUAUGAAGUCUUUUCAGGCAUUACCCUAUGUUGCACUUUUGAUUGUCCUUUUAUUCUUUAUUUAUGCAGUAAUUGGAAUGCAAGUAUUUGGUAAAGUAGCGCUAGAUGAUGAUACACAAAUACAUCGAAAUAAUAAUUUCCAUACAUUUCCUGCUGCUGUACUUGUUCUUUUUAGAUCAGCAACAGGAGAAGCUUGGCAAGAAAUUAUGUUGGCAUGUUCUGAUAGAGAGGAUGUAAAAUGUGAUCCAGCUAGUGAUGAUUACAAAAAGGAUCCAAAUGCUGGAUGUGGUGUCAAUUUCGCCUACCCUUACUUUAUUUCAUUCUUCAUGCUUUGUUCUUUCCUAAUUAUUAACCUUUUUGUUGCUGUUAUUAUGGAUAAUUUUGAUUAUUUAACUCGUGAUUGGUCAAUUCUUGGACCUCAUCAUUUAGAAGAAUUUGUUCGUUUGUGGUCUGAAUAUGACCCUGAUGCUAAAGGAAGGAUUAAACAUUUGGAUGUUGUUACCCUUUUAAGAAAGAUUUCGCCUCCUUUGGGGUUUGGUAAAUUGUGUCCACACAGAUUGGCCUGUAAAAGGCUUGUUUCUAUGAAUAUGCCUUUAAAUAGUGAUGGAACUGUUUGUUUUAAUGCUACGCUCUUUGCUUUGGUCCGCACAAAUUUAAAAAUUUACACUGAUGGAAAUAUAGACGAAGCAAAUGAACAGCUAAGAUCAGCUAUUCGACGAAUUUGGAAGCGUACACCAAUUAAAUUGCUUGAUGAAGUUGUUCCUCCAGCUGGAAAAGACGAUGAAGUUACUGUUGGAAAGUUUUACGCAACAUUUUUAAUUCAAGAUUAUUUUCGACGAUUUAAAAAACGAAAAGAAUUGGAAGCAAAAGGAAUGGCUGCGCCAAAUACUCACGCAAUGGCACUUCAAGCUGGCCUAAGAACUUUACACGAAAUUGGGCCAGAAUUGAAAAGAGCGAUUAGUGGGACUCUCGAUCCUGGUUUUGUACUUGAAUCGGAAGAACCUCAACAUAGGCGAACUCAUUCUCUCUUCAAUAAUAUUGUACACGCCUUGGGAGGUCCAACAUCAGCAGAUGCAGUCGGUAGCCCAACAACAGAUAAAACAAUUGGAGAUAAAUCUGAAGCUGAUGGGGCAGUUAUAAUAGGUGGUGAAGGGUGGGAACAACGAAAAUUGAUGCCUUUGAAAAGUGGGUUUUUAUUUAAUUUUUGGGAGGGGGGGGACAGUAAAUUUAAAAUUUUUGAAGAUAAUUAUUUUGGAACUCUCGGGUCUACAAUCCUUUUUUCUAUUAAACCGGACUCGUUCAGUCCCAAUCCUGUCUAA